GAACCAUAGCAACAACCGGCAAAAAACAAAGAAGAAGAACCACAGCAACAACCACAAAACACAACACCCAGCAUGGAAGAGGAUAUCCAGGAUGAGGGAAUGAUGGUGAUUUUGGGACUACUGUUAACAGACAAAAGCCAGAAUUGAAAAUAAUACCAGACAGGAGACGGUGUGAACAUGGACGCACGCCACUUUUUGUGCUCUUUGUACGUGAGGAAUGCAGGUUUUUGGAACACCUGAAGCAUCAGCUGCUGCAUUAUUCUCCAUGUCUUCACCUCGUCUUGGCGUGGUCAGAAAGACCAUGCUGACAAACCCACUGCUCAUCAAGUCACCCCUCGGGAAGACCAAGUCCAGAGGUCUGACUGUUCCUGGUCCAGACUUCACCUAUGGAAUCAGCAACAGACCAUGUUCAGACAGAGGCGUGGCCGAGGCGCUGUCAAGCUGGAAGGUCCAGCCCACACAUGAAGAGUCUGCUCAGAGUGUAGACUUUGUGUCUCUGAACCGGGAAGCAGUGAUGGCUGGUCUGGUGACAUCCAAAGAGAUGAGACAGUACCGGGUCCAGAAGGCCACCGAGCAGAUCCAGGCACCCAGACAUCGCCCGGGCAGGACUCCACAGCACCCGGCCCCGGUACCUGAUAUCACCUUUGGAGUCAGAAGCAGGAAGCCUUCACCAAUAUCCGGCCUCCUCUCUCAUGAGUACGGUCGCCGCUGGCUGGACGCCAAGCUGAGGAGGGAACGUCUGACCCAGGAGCAGAAGGUUAAACCAGGUCCGGUGGUGGAAACCAGGACCAGCCUGCUGCGAAGGGGCAGAUCUGUGCCAGCCUCGACAACACCCAGACAGUCUCGCUUCACACAGGUGGCGCCGGCUCUGGACACGUUUCGUGAUCAGGAGGCUCGUUGGAGGGCCCUGAGGGCUCGGCCCAGCAGAGGACCUCAGGGUGUGGGGACAGAUGCUCUGGACUGACCUCACAAAGAAAUAAAAACCAAAAACAUGAAGUUUCUGCAGGAGGGUGCUCUGUUGUUGCAUCUGUAGCUUUUCUUCUUUCAGAAACUGUUCAGAGGAGUCCCUCAGGGCUCCACACGGUGGUCCAG